AAAAGUCCAAAGAAGAAUAAACCAAUAAAUGAAGAUGGAGCUUGUGUUCAUACCGUCGCCAGGAAUCGGUCAUCUCAGGUCAACCGUCGAGCUAGCGAAGCGACUCAUCAGCAACGAUUACCGCCUUUCGAUCACGGUAAUCAUCAUCCCUUACCCUAGCUCCAGUGGCGACGUCAACGAUGGUGAAACCACCUAUAUAGCAACCCUCAUGACCGCGUCUCAAGAUCGUCUCAUCUACGAAGCCAUCUCCGUCGAAAAUCAACUAACCGCCGAUCCAGAGCCACCUCAAGUAUACAUCGAGAAACAAAAGCCGCAAGUGAGAGAUGUGGUCGCGAGAAUCUUCGAUUCAACAAGAGUUGACUCGCGACGUCUAGCCGGAUUCGUCGUGGACAUGUUCUGUUCCUCGAUGAUAGAUGUAGCUAACGAAUUUGGAGUUCCAUGUUAUAUGGUAUACACAUCAAACGCAACGUUUUUGGGAAUCUCGUUUCACCUUCAACAAAUGUACGACGAGAAUAAGUAUGACGUCAGCGAGUUGGAAGACUCGGUCAACGAGUUGGAGUUUCCAUGUUUGACUCGUUCUUACCCUGUGAAAUGUCUUCCUCAUUUUUUCACUUCAAAGGAUUGGUUACCAUUUUUUCUAGCUCAAGCUAGAUGUUUUCGUAAGAUGAAGGGUAUUUUAGUAAAUACAGUGGCUGAGCUCGAACCUCAAGCUUUGAAAAUGUUUAACAAUGGUGACAAUCUUCCUCAAGCUUAUCCAGUUGGACCAGUGUUGCAUGUCGAAAACAGCUCUGACGACGAUGAAAAACAAUCGGAGAUUUUGCGAUGGCUUGAUGAGCAACCGCCUAAAUCGGUUGUGUUCCUUUGCUUUGGGAGUAUGGGAGGCUUCAAUGAGGAACAAACACGAGAGAUUGCCAUCGCGUUAGAUAGAAGUGGUUACCGGUUUCUCUGGUCCCUCCGCCGCGCAUCGCCGAAUUUUUUGACGGAGCGUCCAGGAGAUUAUACGAAUGUAGAGGAGGUUCUACCGGAGGGAUUCCUAGAUCGGACAAUGGAUAGAGGGAAGAUAAUCGGAUGGGCUCCACAAGUGGCGGUGCUAGAAAAGCCGGCGAUAGGAGGGUUUGUUACUCACUGCGGUUGGAACUCGAUGCUAGAGAGCUUGUGGUUUGGUGUUCCGAUGGUGACUUGGCCGCUUUACGCAGAGCAGAAGAUAAACGCCUUUGAGAUGGUGGAGGAGUUGGGAUUGGCGGUUGAGAUACGGAAGUACUUUAGAGGAGAUUUGUUGGCCGGGGAGAUGGAGAUAGCUACGGCGGAGGAUAUAGAGAGAGCUAUCAGGCGUGUGAUGGAGCAGGAUAGUGAGGUUAGGAAUAGAGUGAAAGAGAUGGCUGAGAAGUGUCACGUGGCGUUGAUGGACGGUGGAUCUUCGCAGGUGGCUUUGCAAACGUUUAUUCAAGACGUGACAGAGAAUGUGGUUUGAUGGUACCGAGAAAACUAGAAAGGAGAUAGAGAUAGAGAAUCACAUUGACCUAUGAGAUACGAUGAUUGUGUAUGUUUAUGUAUGGCAUGUCACAUAACAUUUCGGGCCUGUUCUUUUGUAUGUCGCUAGCGACACAAGCCAGCGAUUGAAAAAAUAACUUGAAUUUUAAUCA